CUCAACUUUCUUAUCAAAGGAUUGGGAGUGAAAUAAAAAAGUGGAGACGUACGAGUUUCUAGUUUCUAGUAGAAACUUGUUGUGCCGUGCUGGAACAUAAUUAUAUUAUUAUCUGCUUCGCAUUGCUGGGCUUGAAGCACCCUUGAAAGUUGAAAGCUGAAAGCUCAAACUCUACUCGAUCUUGAUCAAGAGCGGUGAGAACGAUGAGCAAUCCAGAGCUAGCCUUCCUCCCCUGGGAAGGAAUGGGGCAUCUUGUCCCCAUGGUGGAAUUGGCCAAACUCAUGCUGGAGAGGAAUCAAAUCCUCUCCAUCUCCAUCUUAGUGAUGAGGACUUCCAUGGACUUUGGAGCCGACAAGUAUCUUGACUCAGUCACUUCAGAUUCCGGCCACCCCAGGCUGCGCUUCCUAGAUCUCCGUCAAUACAACGACCCUGAAGAUGCCGGCGGCGAGGUAGUGCUUAAUCCCGACAACUUUCUCUUCGAUUUCAUCCAUAGCCAAACAGCUCACGUUAGGCGAUUCGCCCAGACUAAUUAUGCUGAUUCUGAAUGUGAUCGUCCUCGACUCGUGGGCUUUGUGAUUGACAUGUUCUGCGCCCCAAUGAUAGAUGUUGCCAAUGAAUUCAGUGUCCCAACCUAUCUCUUCUUUGCUUCUAGCAUUGGUUUUCUCGGUCUCUCUCUCCAUUUUCAGGCCCUCAAGCACGACCAUAAGGAAGACACUAGCCGGUACAAGAAUUCGGAUGAGGAAUUGUCCAUCCCGUACUUUGCCAACCCUGUUCGGGGGAAGGUUUUGCCGUCGCCGAUGGUUGAGAAAAACCCAGCCACGGAUAUGUUCUUUGACGGCGUAAAGAGGUACAAAGAGACUAAGGGGAUCAUGGUGAACACCUUCGGAGAGCUGGAGCACUACGCCCUUCAGGCACUCUCCGAUACAAAAACCGUGCCCCCUGUAUAUCCGGUUGGUCCACUGCUGAACCUUGAAGCCGGGCAUGGCCGAAACAAGGCAUCGCAAUCCGAGAGCAUCAUGAAAUGGCUGGACGAUCAACCCACAUCGUCGGUGGUGUUCUUGUGCUUCGGGAGCUUCGGGAGUUUCGAGGAGAAACAAGUGACGGAAAUCGCUACCGCCCUGGAGUUGAGUGGCCACCGCUUCCUGUGGUCCUUGCGGAGGCGGCCGCCCAAGGGGAAGCUGGAGCUACCAGCUGACUACGAGAACCCGGCGGAGGUGCUGCCGGAAGGGUUCUUGGAGAGGACGAAAGCGGUGGGAAAAGUAAUCGGGUGGGCACCGCAGCUGGCGGUGCUAUCACACCCGGCGGUGGGCGGCUUCGUGUCGCAUUGCGGCUGGAACUCCCUCCUGGAGAGCAUCUGGUGCGGGGUUCCCAUAGCGACGUGGCCACUCUACGCCGAACAACAGAUAAACGCAUUUUGGGCGAUAAAGGAGGUGGGAAUAGCGGCAGAGAUCAGGAUGGACUACAAUGUCGGAGGUUUAGGGGGCAAUGAAGAGGACAACAUUGUAACUGCAGAGGAAAUUCGGAAAGGGAUAAUGGAAAUAAUGAGUAAUGGAGACAUAAGGAAAAAGGUUAAGGAGAUGAAGGAGAUGAGCAGGAAAGCUAUGAUUGAGGGAGGAUUAUCUUAUACAGCACUGGACACCCUCCUCAAGGCUGUUAUCGAUACUAUAUGAAGAUAGAUGUAUGUAUGUAGUUGAUUUUGUUUCAGAAUGCCUUUUCUAUGCAAGUAAUCAAAACUUUAUAUUUACUUGUA